ACUUCCAUAAACCAACCAAAUUAAUGCUAUUGAAAAAAUGCGUGUGUGAGCGAAAACUAAACUAAAUAAUUUGAAAUAUAAUUUCAAAUUUCGCGAAACUUCGUAGUUUCACCGUAAAAAUCUGGUGAUUGUGAAGUGAACAAUCCUGUUAUUUGAUGGUCUAAAACCCAAGGUGAAGUGUUUACUUUCAAACUUUUUCGAAUGUAACAACAGAAUGUCUUCCAAACUGCUGGUGCCAGUGGCUCUAGGCUUGUCUCUGGUCACAGUUACAGCGUUUGUGGCCUACUAUUUGCUGAAACGCGAAGAGGAGGACAAGGGAGAGAAUGUGAAAACUGCUAAAGUUAACACCAUUGAGAUUAAUGUACCCAAGAGUAUCUUGCCUGCAUUGAUUGGUCGCAGCGGCUCCAACAUCAAAGACAUAGAGCGAAAAUCCGGAGCGUUGAUCAACUUCAAGCAGUUCAGUGACAAAGACCAUGACGUGUGCAUCAUCCGCGGCCGCAACACGGCCACUCAGCUCGCGGAGACCAUGAUACACGACUUCAUGCAGCAGCAGCCGGUCGUCGUGGAGGACUCCAUGCCCGUGCCCGGCUGGGCUUGCGGCAGGAUCAUUGGAACGGGAGGUGAGAACAUAAAGGACAUCAGUCACGUGAGCGGCGCGCGCAUCCGCGUGGAGGGCUCCGGGGACAACGGCUCGCUGCGCCAGGUCUCCUUCCGCGGCACCAAGGACCAGAUCGCGAAGGCAAAGGGCCUCAUUGAGACGUGUGUGGCGCAAGAGAAAUGCCGCCGGGAGAUUGAGCAGUUCAAGCGCAGUCCUCGCCACGAGGGCCGGGCGCCCGAACACGAAGACAUGCCAGGUGACGCCAAGCAUGUCAAAUAUAAGAGGCCUGCAGAUUGCGGGGGCGCGCCCAUCGAGGUGUACGUGUCAGCCGUGUCCUCUCCCAGUCGGUUCUGGGUACAGUUCGUGGGCCGCCAGGUGGCUCAGCUGGACGACCUGGUGGCCAACAUGACUGACUACUACAACAAUAAAGAGAACCGAGCUGCGCAUGCGCUGUCGUCAGUGAGCGUGGGCCAGCUGGUGGCGGCGGUGUUCCGUCACGACGGACGCUGGUACCGGGCGCGCGUGCACGAUAUACGGCCCAAUGAGUUCGACGCCACGCAGCAGGUGGCGGACGUGUUCUUCGUGGAUUACGGCGACAGCGAGUAUGUGGCGACGCACGAACUGUGCGAACUCAAAGCUGAUCUACUUGGAUUGCGGUUUCAGGCUAUGGAGUGUUUUUUGGCGGGAGUGCAGCCGACGUCGGAGCAAGCGACCAGCCCAGCCGGCCGGUGGAGCCCGCAAGCCGUGGAAAGGUUUGAAGAUCUUGCGCAGGUAGCGCGAUGGAAGCCGCUAGUAUCAAGAACGUGCACGUACAAGAAGACAGCGUCAGCUGACGGAGAGAAAGAGAAAGAGAUACCUGGCAUCAAGCUGUUUGAUGUCACUGACGAGGGAGAAUUGGACAUCGGAGCGACGUUGAUAGCGGAGGGCCUGGCCGCGCCCGCGGCGCUGCGCCCCGGCGCCUCGCCAGCGCCCUUCGGAGACCUCGGCAACUCCAGGGUGCUCAGCAUGCUAACCGACGCGCGCAGCUCCUCGGUACCGAAGGACCAUAAAGACGACCACUCCGAUAUUGUCCAACCCGCCGGACAUAAAGAGAACGAACGAAUGACGACGUCGAAAUCGCACGGUUCGGGGCUCGAAAUGUCUGACCAAAUAAAGUCUGUAUCGAAUUUCGACCUAUCGUACCCCGACGCUAGAUCGAAACCGAUCAACGGUUCACACGACGAAUUCCUAAACGCAGAAAAAGAGAAUUUACACAAAGAAGCUUCGACGGACACUUUGGUGCCACAUACGCCUGCGCCGGUCUUGUCGAAAUCCCCAUUGGACGAUUUCAAAGCUAAUAUCAAUAGAAUAGAUUCGCAUCAUAGUUUGGAUGCGUUGGGGAGGACGCAUGAGUUGCAUAAGUAAGUUGAAGGUCAGUCGAUUCAAGAAAAUCGGAAAUAAAAUGAUAGAUUCCGCUCCCUCCCGACAUAAUAACGUUCAUUGAAAAGUGAGCUUUAAGGCAUGCGCUGUAGGCAUACUUUACAUUGACAGUACGAGAGCUUUAUAUGAGCUGAUAAUUAGUAUAAAUUUGUGGUCAAUCUAAAAUAUAUUUAUUGUCGAAGUUAUAUAGCUUACAUUUCAAUGAACAUAAUUAUGCCGGGUAGGUUUAAAUCGGCUACGAUUAAAGUAAAAACAAUUAGAAAUAUAUAAAACGUAUUUUUGAGAAAAUAUCGAUAUAAAUAACAUUUUCGUAUCACAAAUUAACACAAAAUGAGGAUUUCAAGUUACAAGUUACGAGGAUUCAUAAAAAGUUAACGAACUCAUAAAACAGUUUCAGUUAAAAUGUGUUUUUCUCAUUCUUAAUUAAGAUAUUUUUAUUAUUUUAACUAAAAUUGAUUUAAAUAGUUCGUCAAUUCCUUAUGAAUAAGGCGGAAUGAGAAUAUUUAUCACUUUUUCGUCUCCCAAUUAACAUAUCUCGUCAAUUGUUGUUGAUAUUAAAACGAUAUCUUUGUAUAGUCUGCCAUCGGCCUAUACUGUAGCUUUAAUUAUAGUAUUUUUAAAAUUAAAUUGUUUAUUGGUUCGUCUAUGGUCAAUGAGACUAUGAUUUUAAAAAAGCGCCUGUCGGUUUUUCCGACAUUUUUUGUUUUUUUUUUUCAAUUAAGCUACUAAUGCCCACUCGCAUGUCAGAGGGUCUCUUAUUUAGGGCGUCGCUACUGUUGAACAAUUUUCUAAAUUACUUUUGAUCUUCAUGUCCAGUAUUGUAUACCACAGAUUGCUAACCCAUUCAUUGUUUGUUUGUCAUUGACAAAGCAUGGUUACAUUUAUCUCGAAAACUUGCAAGCGGGCCUCAGUAUCCAUGUUUUGUUUCAAAUUUUUUAAUACGUAUUAUUACAAAUAAAACUGUUUAUUAUCAUGCACAUAUUUUUCGUUCCUGUAUUCUGAAAUAUGUCUAGAAAAAAUCCUCAAAAAAUGUAGGGAUUGAUUGUACGGCGCUUUAGUUGCCAUUUGUUCCUGUCUCACUCUAAACACUUCGUUUUUCGCUUUCACUUUGGGGAGAGUUAUUACCUUCCUAGUAUAGUAUUUUAUAUAGCACUAAUUUUCUUUACUGUGACAAAGAUGUAGAUAUUUUGACAUACCACAGCUAAAGGUUCUUUAAGGUAGGUAUUUAAUUACUCAUAUUUAUAUUCAUCUGCUACUUAAAAACUAUUUAGAUCAUAAAUAAAACACUUAAAAUCGUCCAUAAGAUACUUUUACCAGUAGAAAAUCGCAAACAUGAUCGCCAAGUAGUAAAAUUAGUAUACCAAUCUGAGUUAUGUAUAGUCUAGUCGUUAUCCUAUCCUAUAGAUAAAAUAUAUAUCCAGUGAAGUAAAAUAUGCGGAAAUCUGCACACUGGUUGACUAUUCAGUUCACUAGUGUGUCGCGACUAGUGAACAUUGGAGGUAGGUACAUAGUCGUAAAAGUCAUGUCAGAUGUCUUUAGACGACUUGAUAAAUUAUGUAAGUAAUAACACAUUGUUUUCUAUAAAUUAGACUGUCUCUUUUAGCAUUUUUAAAAUCAAUUUGUAUUUUGACACAUCUUUCAUAAAAUUAUAUUUACAACAUACAGGAAUGAUAUCAGUAAAUAAGAAUUCUUUGUCAUAAGUAAAGAAAAUAAUUCAGCUAUUUUAGUCUGUGAUUGUAAAUAACACCGUAGGCGUUAACGUUGCUUCGUAGAUGUUAAGAAUAUUUGUAUUUAUUAGGUUGAGACGACACGGCGGUUUGACAUCGUAGAUCCAAGCUUGAUCGAGUUAAGCCUUUUCUAUGUGAAAAUGUCCUUUAAUAGCUCUUUUAUGGAAAGAUUACUUUGUGAAUUAAUAAGAAAUUUCAAGAAUAAAGUGUGUGUGGUUGGAAUUUGUUGUGCCAUUACAAUUUAUAUGUAUUUUAAUGAUGUUUUUCAAUAUUUAUUUGACCACACAUAGUCCACGAGCUUCUUGUUAAUGCUUGAUUGAAAAAAAAUCCGAAAGUGACGGAUUUCAAACUUCCAUUCAAUUUACCCCAAAAUCCAUCAUUUUAAUUCGUAUUCAGUUUAAAGCAUUCUUCACCAUAACUAGGGCACUGGAGUGAAAAGGAAUUAGCCGUGUGGUCCUUAUUUAGUGUGUCGCAUUUGUAGCUGUAUUUAUGAGUUCGCUUGUACCACAUGAAUUUACGGAUAAUACGCAUCAGGGUAGCCAGUUAUUUGUUGCCAGAGUAGCCAGUGCUUGCAUUGUUCUGGUUUGAAGAGUGAGAGGUAGUGUAAUUACAAGGUAUUGUGGCAGGCCUUAGGACAUAAAGUCGGCAACACGCGUUGACACCCCUGUGUUGCAGCGUUCUUAGGCUACGGUGACCACUUAUCAGGUAGGCCGCAUGUCUGUUUGAUUGCUUGGUAGUAUAUAAAAAGUGUUGUUAGGAAAUGUGCGUUUUGAUCAUAGACUUUCGAGGGAAAAUGUAAUAACGUUUCGUUAUUUAUGGCGGGAAUAUUGUCAACCGAUUAAAAAAAGGGAACAAAUUAUAUAUUCGGAGUGUAUAAUGUUAUAUACAAUUUAAAAUUAGUAUUGGGUUGGUUUAUACGUUGUUGACAUAUAAUGUAUAUUUUGUAAACUGUUCAAAUUGUAUAUUAAUAAAAUCAAAUCAAUCUAUCGAAACAUGUGUACUUAAUCUAUAUGUAUUUAUAGCUUAGAACAAUAAAAUUGGUAUAUGUUCAUUAGUUCAUACUUUUAUGGCCAUUAUUCGAAUUUUCUUCGAAGUUUUGUCUAUAGUCUAUGGUUUAAACGCACUAUAGAGUAGCAGGAUAGCGUAUAUAAAUUAUCUUUUUGUGAUAAAAAGGACUUGAAAUGGUGCUAACAGCAUAAUAAUAGUGUCGGAGCUUGUCUCACAUUGUGGAAGGAUUGUCAUAACGACCGGAGGAAACUCGACUGAAAUAAGUAACAAAUUUGGUAUUGGUACAGAAUAGUAAUAUAAUAUCCCAAGGAUGACAUCUAUUAUGGGAUUGGGAUGACAUGACGGAAUUAUCUAAUCAGUAUUUUUACACUGUAUUUUUUAUUUGUUAAUUGGCAUGUGAGCGUAGAAUGUAUCAGCUGUGAUUCUCCCGAGUAAAUUAUUAAAGUCAAACAAGGGAAAGAAGUAUUAUCUAUGGAUACUUAUCAUAGGUAAUUGGCAAGCAACCUAUCAUUUUCUGACUACCAAUCAACUACCAACCAACCAAGAUCCAAAGUGGCUUUCGAGUUUCGCGACUCUUGGCUCUGUCUUCCCCGUAAAGGAUAAAGACGUGAUACCGUAUUGAUUUUAUAGAUUAUUUCAGCAAGGUAGAACAAUAUUUUAUUUCGCACAGAAUCCGGAGAAAUCCUGCCAUAUUUUAAUGAUUCUCGUCGAUUCACCGUUCGUUAUGAAAUCCAUAGUAUUUACACAAAUUUGGUAAAUAUCUUACUGUAUGUACUUAUAUAAAACGAUGGUUGUUAUUUCGAUGUGUGUACAGUUGUUGAAUAUUUAUGUACAAAACUGUAUUAAAUAUUAUGUCAGAGGUAACAUAAGAACAUUUUAACUUUUACUAACAAUAUGGUAACUUUGAUAAAACGAUCGAAAUGUUUUGUUUAGAUUACAAGGUUUAAUCGACUUAGAUUUUUCCUGUAAUCAAUAAACAUCUGGUUUUUUUGAUAUCUAUUUAUCCAAGAAUAUAUAUUAUAUAAGUAUAUUAGAAAUAACCAUAUCAUUAAAGAAGAAUCUCUUAACGAAAUCUAUGCGCGUUCAAUAAUUGUUAGAAACGUAAAAAUGUUUAUGAAUAAAAAAAAUCUAUCAUUUAUUAUGGACCGCACAUCAACCUACCCGAUAUUCAUUGCAAAAUCAUCCAUAUUACUACCUGUAAAGUGCGGUCGACUGUACCAUUGCUAAGCUCUUUUGUCCCUGUUAUUGAAAUAUAAAUAAUUUUAUACUUUGAUAUGAAUGAAUAUAGAUAUAUUAAGCUGUUUUUGUAAUAUAAUAUGGUAUUUGACUUUGUUUGAAAAAAGUGCUAGAAAAUAUAGAUUUUUGGAAAAAAUAUAAUUUCUGCUAAAUAAAAAGGUAUUUAACUCAACAUUAUUGCACAGCUUAAAAUAUUAACCGUCAAACAAUGGGAUCAAACAAAAAAUUACAAACACGGUGGUAGGUACACCUUGAAACCUUCCACCUUGCAAUAAAGCUUAAAAUAACACCUUGAAAUAAAGCUAAAAUCAAGUUAGAAUUUUCAUAAAUCUAGUACAUUUUCAAACAUAGAAAAAUACCCUUUUAAAUAUUACAGUCUGUCAAUAAAGCGAAGAAAAUGAACGUGCGCUGUGUCUUCUUGGCAGGCUACACCGUUUAUGAACCAAUAUUGAUUCUAUUUGGUAUUACGAUGGCAAAAAAAAUUGACUUGUCAAAAAUCCGUUUUCUUUUCUUUAUUAACAGGAUGUAACCUUACGUCUAAUGGUGCCAUAGGCAAUAUAAAUUGUUUCGAAGUAUUUGAUUCUUAAGUUGUUAUUAUUUAGUUGGUAAGUUUGUCUUAUCUAGAUGUCCUAUCAGUGUUGGAUUUAAAUUAUAAUGUUUUUUCACGAAUAAAUGUGUGAAAAUUA